CUCCGGUGGAGACGCUCCGAAACUUUGUGGAGCAGCAACAUCAUCAUCUUCAUCUUCAUCAGCAUCAUCUGUCCGGGAAAUAUAUAUUGCACUUCUACUGACGUUACAUGAGAAGAAUGAGGAGAAAAGACUCAUUUUAUUUCAUUCAUGCGUAAAAGUGAGUUAUUAAUUAACUGGAGAGGAAUAUCGGCUUCUUGCUAAUAUUCACUGGAUGGUUUUGCGCGCUUCUCUUCCCACACCAAAACCCGGACUUAGGACUUAAUUACUUAAUUGGAUUUUAAAUCUUUUCCCCGCACAUAAACAGUUGUUUUGCCAGCUGACAUCAUUUCCCAUCGGAUCCCAGGCAGAGACCCAUCUCGCGGCCCUGGCGGACACUUUGUGGUCUUCUCCACCCUGAAACGGGUUAGAUGGAAACAUGACCGAAGCGGUUCUCUUCCUCAGACUCUCCUUCUUCCACCUGCUCCCUCUGCUGCUCCCUCUGCUGCUCCUGCUGCUCCAUGCCUCCCCGGUGCGUGCGUCCGCGCAGCCCGGGCACCCAGCGCGCUACUCCGGCCACAUAGCGGAGAACUCCCCGGCCGGGACGCGGGUGUCCGGGGUGCUGCUGCCGCUGGGAGCCGGCUGCCCCGGCGCGGACCUGAACGCCAGCCUGCUGGGGGAUUACGCGUCCGAUUUCCGGCUUGUUCACUACCCCACUAUCCACCGGGACCACCGCCUCCUGGGGUUGGUCUCCGCCAAACCUCUGGACCGGGAGUUCAUUGCGAUGUACGAGCUGACGGUGCAGCUGCCGCCGCGCUGUCGGAGGAGAGCAUCCGCCGUGCAGGUGGAGGUGUCGGACCAGAACGACAACGUUCCCCGGUUCACCGGCGGGAACCAGACGGUGGAGGUGCACGAGCUGACGCCGCUCGGAACCGAGCUGGCUCGCUUCGGCGCGAAGGACGGCGACGCGGAGAGGAACGGCCGCGUCACGUUUUACGCGGCGCCACCGUCUCCGCUGCUGCACGUGGUUCCACGGACGGGGCAGGUGAAGCUGGUCGGGUCGCUGCUGGGGGUCAGCCGGUUGACGCUACAGCUGCACGUGCGUGACGGCGGGGAUGAGGCGCUGACGGGAGAGCCGGUGUUCCUGCGCGUCAUCGUCCGCCGCUCCGGUGGAGCGAGAGCGCGACGGAGGCUCCGCGCGCUCACCGAGGAGCUGAGCUACACCGUCACCGUCCCGGAUGACAGCAGAGUCGGGGAUCUGGUGUUCACGGUGCCGGACCAGAGGUUCGAGCAGCGGCGGUUUGAGGUGAUUUCCGAGCCCGACUCUCCGGUCCAGAUCGAGCGGGACUCGGGGCGUCUGUACCUGGCGCGCAGCCUGCGCGAGCCCGCAGAGGUGGCGGUGAAGAUCCAGAACCUCCGAGGUGAGGAGCGGUACCUGUGCAGGUUAACUCUGAGCAUGCCCAGUCAGGCCGACCUGCAGUGGGCCAUGGUUCCCUCGCCGUACCUCGGCGCCGUGGGUCCGGACGCCUCGCCCGGCUCCGUGGUGUACCGGCUGUCGGCGCGGCAGCGAGACGGGAUGCUGGGACAAGCCCAGUUCCUCCUACUAGACAGUGAGUAGAC